AUGUCGAGAGAUAUCGAAGAUGAAAUCAGAGACGAGAAGAAUCCUCGCCCACUUGACGAAGAUGAUAUCGCUCUCCUCAAGACUUAUGGGUUAGGGCCAUACUCUGCACCGAUAAAGAAAGUAGAGAAAGAAAUCAAGGACCUCGCCAAGAAGAUCAACGAUCUCUGUGGUAUCAAGGAGUCUGAUACUGGUUUAGCUCCUCCCAGUCAAUGGGAUCUUGUUUCUGAUAAACAGAUGAUGCAAGAGGAGCAACCUCUCCAGGUUGCUAGAUGCACAAAGAUUAUUAGUCCCAACACUGAAGACGCCAAGUACGUCAUUAAUGUCAAACAGAUUGCUAAGUUUGUCGUUGGCCUUGGCGAUAAAGUGUCUCCCACUGACAUUGAAGAAGGCAUGCGCGUCGGAGUUGAUAGGAAUAAGUACCAGAUACAGAUUCCUCUACCUCCCAAAAUAGAUCCUAGUGUCACCAUGAUGACUGUUGAAGAGAAACCUGAUGUUACUUACAAUGAUGUUGGUGGCUGCAAGGAGCAAAUUGAGAAGAUGCGAGAGGUAUGUUACUGA